ACACCACUAUGCGGUUCAACUGGUUUUCCGAACAUACAUAAUUAAUUGUAAUACAUUUUCACCAUUCAUUUCAGUAUACCUACUUUAGGUAAACCAUCAUUAACAUUAACUUUACCAAUGAAUGUUAGAGGCAUGUUUCAUUCGUUUCGUAAUGCCUAGUCAUUAUUAAAUAAGGAAAAACUUCAACAAAACAUCUUAAUUAGCAAAGACUUAAAGCAAACAACGCAAUAAGUAAGUACCUUAACAAACCGAGCCACUGAAACAAAAAAAACAUUACCAGUAAACUUUGUCUCUUCGCCGUCGCUUACUCUUUGACCGUCGAGGCGACUGAAACUGAAAUACACCUUUAGUUUCAGUGCUGGCGCAGUCACGGAGGCAAGCGCCCGUUCCCCGCUGGCCCGAUCCGCGCGUCAAUUUUUAAUCCAUGUCGUGGCCAACUCCUGAACUCAAUCGAAUGCUACACAGGACCCCUUCCACCCUCUAGGUUUAACUCCCCUGGAAGUUCGAAGUGAACCUUCGGUGUGCCCGUUCGAAGUAUCGGCGUAGUAUAUCGGAGUAGCGUACUGUUGCCGCGAGUUUUUCUGUCGCGUCUGUGUGUUGUUUAAGUUGUUGAAGUGUUACUCUGUGGCUGCUGUUUCACGCUCCUCCUCUGCUUUCUUCUUGGGACAGAAGCGGCAUGGCAUGAGCGGCUCGGGAGGCGCGACAUGCGGCGCGCGCCGCCCGCGCUCCCCGCCGCCGCCGCCGCCACGCUCGCCGCGCUCUCUCUACUGCUGAGACUCGCUCACGCCGGUUCAAUGGGUCCCGGUGUCCCCGAGAACAUAACAGUGACGUUCCUGAACCCGACCACGGUCCGCGUGUCGUGGUCCACCGCGGCCGAGCUGGUCGAGAAGUAUGACGUCACGUACAAGCCCUCCGACGCUAGUUACAGAGUGGUCCUCGAGGUCGCUGGCAACAGUGACGCGGUGGUGCUGAGCGGCUUGGAGGCUGACACCCAGUACCAGGUCACAGUAGCCGCCUUGUGGAGUGGCCGCAAGUUCCGGAGUAGGCCUAUUGUCUUCCGCACGCUGGAGCCGCCACGCACUUCCCCGCAGCAGGACGGCGGGCUGGCGGGCACGGCGCGCCCCUCCGCCGCGCCGCCCGACCCCUCGCCCACCUUCCCCACGAUACGAGGUGUCGAAAUAGGAAUAGUGGUGAUGGUACUAUUAGUGUGGAUAGGAGCCAUAGCCUUAUUCUUCAACCGCUGGGGCAAGAUCCGAAUGCUGCUGCCAUACCAGCCAGACUACAAGCAAGAGCAACUAAAGGUGCCUGGGAGCAGCGCGCUGGCGGCGGCGCAGGCCGGCGGGACCUGCGGGGCACACUCUGCACCGUCAGCAUGCUCGCACAUGCGGUGGUCGCACGCACACACGCAAAGCCUGGAGUGUGAGGAGCGUCUGCUGUCGCGAUGUAACCGGCCGCGGGUCAACUCCGCCAUCUUCAUGUCGGCUGAGCCGGCCGGGUUCGCCGGGUUUGAUGCCAGCGAGUUCCUGAGGAGGCAUGGCUCGCAGUCGAAGCUUUGUAGGAAGGCUAGGUCAGCGGACAACAUCCCAUUGACAACACUAUGCGAUUCCUCCGAGCGGCUCUGCACGAUCAAGCCGCCUCGUGAGGAGACCAUCAGCGAAGAGUACUCCAAGUCCGAUGACACGAGCAGUAGCGUGGAGACCGUCAAGCACUUCGGUCUGCCCAUCCUCUCCGUGUCUGGCCCCUCACCCCCCGAGGAAGACUAUGACCAAAUAGACGAGUAUCUGUAGCAUUUCCACACCAGCUUCCAACUCAAAUACGUGUUGGAGCAACGGCCGCCGUGGAAGGGCCCCGCACAAAACGUUUAGGCGUAUCUUCUAGAAGUUUCCGGACGUUUCGGUUGAUAGUGAUGUGAGUGACAACGAAACUUUACUCGGUUUGGAAAUGUGUGUCUUGUACAGGGACCAUAAUUGGGUGUUCUUGCGAACGGUUCAUUUGAGAAGUUUGACUUUUGUUUGUGUGUUUCUCUGAAGGCGUUAUUGUAAGGAGCUAUAGUUUCUGGAUACUUUUAGGUGUAAGGACUGCACAAUAAAUUUAUCUGUAUUUCAAUACUAUACCCAGUGCCACUUUUGAAUUUAAUAAUAGGUAUUUGGAGUAGUGAUGCUCUCUCUAGUGUUACGCUCGAAAAGCAAUUGUUUCUAUAAUUAUGUUAGGUUUAAGUGUAAAUAUAAUUACAAAUUCUUCUGCAAUUUAGCAUAAAAUAUAAUUUCAAUUAAACUUAAAUUCACGUUUGUUGUGUAAAAUAUCCUUAGUACCUAAUUUGAUUACCUCCUUUUUUUACAAAAUACAAAUGUGAACUUAUUUAGUUAUUUUCGUUUUAAGGAUAAUGCUUGCAAUUUAAAAUAAAAAGAUUUUAUGACAGUAUGAAAGGUUGAAAUUUGGUCCAAUGUAUGAGAACUAUUUAGGUAUGUGCACAAGGGUAGUAAGAAAUCUUAUGUACUUAUAUAAAUAAUAAUAAUAUAUAAUAUUUCAUAUAACACUUUAAAACAUAGCUACUUCAAAGAUUAUGUUUUCACGGACCAUCAUAUCGUUUGUAAUUUCCCUUUGUUUCACAAUGUCUGAAUAAAAUGUAUCAGUGGAAAAACAAUGAGUUGCCAUUCUCUGAAUUUGUUUCGGCGCCAAACGAACAAAUUCGUGAAAUAAUACGUUUUACAGAGUGCAAAGACAGUACUAAAAUCACAAGAUUUAAUCCCAAAACACAUGUGAAUCUACACAUGGUGAAAAAGGCACUUAUGUAUAAAUUCUUGAGCCAAAGAGCUAAGUGAGAUUUUAAAUUCCAAGUAUUUCAACUAUGAAGAGCUAUAACAAUUUAAAAAAUCCUAUGACACUUCACUAAACAAAUAAACAUAUAUUAUUAUUUAGUAAUAUGGAAAGUGCGCAAUUUUUUGUAUACUGGGACAAACCUGUUUUUCCGUGGGCUAAACAAUUACAUUUUAUAAAUUAUUAUGAACUAUAAGAUUACAUGGCUAACCUUUUGGUUCGUGCAAUUCGCACUAACUAGGUUUGCGUAAAAAAUUACAUUAACAUUACAACUGUAAUGAAUUUCUGCAAAUAAAUGUAGGUUUAAUAUCCCCUAAGUAAUAUAAUAUAUUAUGAGAUGUUAAGUCAAUUAAAAUACUUUUUCCUUGUAGAAUCUCUAUGGAAUGUUGGUGGUUUUAUUUACUGGUAUGACGGGACCAGUUAAAUACGAAAAAUAUCCAAAAAUGCCUUAACAAGGUUUUUCCUUAUUCAAUUGUAGACCCUAUAUGUAUAUUAAUAUGAGUGUAACUUCUAAACUAAGACUAUAAUAUUCCCUCCACUACCUACAGUAUAUUUAUUAUUUGUAAAUUGUCACAAUUAUUAUAAAAAAAGAGAUGAUGGAUCACUAAUUUAUCAAUAUUUAUGUAGGUCUUAACUAUUUGUAAAAAAAAUAAAAAAUAACAAAGUUUAUUUAUCCUGAUCAACCUUAUAUUUAUAAUACCUUUUCUAUAAAUAAUAAUACUAUCACUUUUGUUUUCACUUGGCAUAACACUGUUAUAAUGGCUUCCAGAAAAUAUCUACAGAUCAAACUAUACUUCAUUUCAGCUUAGAUGAUUGCGCUGACGUAUUGAGUUUUACGGUUUUAAAUACAUCCCAUAUUGUAUUUGGUGUGUGUGUGCAGUGCACUGAAUAAACGUUUUCUUUCUUUCUUCUUAGUUCUAACUAUUUUGCUUAUCAACUUAUUAUUAUGUACAGUUGUAUCCAAUGAAAUAUAAUUAAUAGACACAUGAUAUUCCAAUAUAAUUUGUGCGUAUUUUGGAAAAACAUGAAGUCUCACAGCGAAAGCGAUCAUCUUAGUUGAAAAUAACUACAGUCCAACUAUAAAGUUCUGACAUAAAAGAGUGCGAUUUUGCAAAGACUUUUUAUCAUUAUCAGGUAUUGAGUAACAUUUACAAACAUUUAAAAAUAAAAUACCGUUUGGGAAUGGCUUUUUAACGGAUUUGUCCAUUAAUAAUAAAAUACAUCAAUUAAAUACGGUCUGUAACAAUUAGUUAGGAUCCACUUCCGUUUUCAGGACUUUAUAGUUUUACUGUAUAUCGGUAUACAUCACUAGGCAAGUAGGCAUACCGAUAUACUAAGCAUAUCGCUAUAAAUCGUACAAUCAACAUCGAAAUGUUAAAUAAGUACCUACCUAAAUAAUUAAAAGUAUUUUUAUUUGUGUUGUAAAGCCUCGGUUCAUUUAUUUAAUCCGUUGUUUAAAUAUAAAAUAAGUACAGUAACAGUAAGUAUCUAUUAUAAACUUGUAUUACAUAUUACAUACCCUUUUGUCAUGAAAAUAUCAGAAUUGUAAAUAAUCAAUUUCCUAUACAUACAUAUCUGUUGUACUUCGCACGGAAAAAAAUAUUAAAAUUGCAGAUUAUAUAGAUUAUACAUCAUCUUAACAUUAUUUUAAAAAUAGGUGUAUGAAAUACAUAAGAUAUUAGUAUUUAUUAAAACUAUAUUAUAUACCUACCUAUAAUACCUAUCACGAAGAAAAUAAAUUAAAUUUUACGAAG